AUGCAGUUAUUGGGAGCAAUUGCUAACCCGAUGUUCAGUGCAGGACUACGUGUCACCCAAAUACAGAGCCCCUUCACGGCCCGACUAAUACAAGCAACGCGAGCUGCUAGCUCGGCCUCCCCAGGCAAGGCAUUCCAGGAACGGGUGCAGGAAAUCAAAAAUGCCUGUGCAGAGCCCUAUCCUCGCCUAGCCGUGGACCAGCGCACACUAAGUUGCGCUGAGUUCCGUGAUCGGUACAAUGGACUCGCCGACAAUGAAUCAGUAGAAGAUACGGUGGUCGUCUCUGGAAGAAUUCGUACCUAUAGACUUGCCGGAAGCAAAUUGAUCUUCUUCGAUAUCGUCCAAGAUGGCCACAAGCUCCAGGUGAUGUGCAACAAGCGCCAGCUGGAGGGCAUCGAGCCUGCCCAGUUCAAGAAACUGUAUCGUCUACUUCGCCGUGGUGAUGUCUUUUCUGUAACUGGUAAACCACACCGCACGGGUCGAGGCGAGCUCACCGUCGACGCAACAGAGCUACCGAAGCUGCUGGCACCCUGUCUGCACGAUGUCCCUGUUUACGAUGCCUCGCACGAAACCUCGCCGUACCCUCGCCAUGUCCAGUUCCUGGCGGACCCGGUGACCAAGGAUAUUAUUCGGGCGAGAUCUGCCGUGGUCCAAUAUCUGCGCCAAUUCUUUUUGGAUCGGUCGUUCAUGGAGGUCAGCACUCCUAUCAUCGGGUCUGUGGCCGGUGGUGCGAUUGCACGCCCUUUCUACACUGCUGCCACCGAGUUUCCUGAGCGUCAGCUGUCUCUGCGAAUUGCACCGGAGCUGUGGCUGAAGCGGCUGGUGGUGGGUGGAUUCGACAAGAUCUUUGAGAUUGGACCAUCUUUCCGAAAUGAAGGGCUGGACAAAACGCACAACCCCGAAUUCACCACCUGCGAGUUCUACCAGGCCUACGCUAACCUCGAGGACCUGAUGACCACCACCGAGAACCUUCUGUCCGGAAUGGCUGCACACAUCGGAGAGUUUAACAAAGAAGGUACUCUCAAUCCCACCUCUGUCAACUUCACCACUCCCUUCCGCCGUAUCGACUUCAUCACCGGCAUCGAAGAACAAAUUAACCGCAAACUGCCCGACCUCACAUCCUCAGACGCCCUCUCCCAGAUCCGCGACCUCUUCCAUGAACUCUCCCUCCCACUCCCCGAGAACGCCACUCUCCCACGCCUCCUCGACGAACUAUGCAGCGUCUACGUGGAACCCCAAUGCAUAGAUCCCACCUUCAUCACCAACCCACCCGAAUGCCUCUCCCCACUCUCCAAAUCCUUCGUCCACCCCAUAACCAAACAAAUCGUCGCCGCGCGCGGCGAGCUCUUCAUCGAGGGUAAGGAAGUCGUCAACACCUACGAAGAAGAGAACUCGCCUUUCGAGCAGCGCCGCAAGUUCGAGGACCAGCUGCGCUUCUCCAAGGCUGCCGAUGAGCCUAGCGAGAUCGACGAAACCUACCUCGAGGCUUUGGAGUGGGGUCUUCCUGCUACCGGUGGCUGGGGAUGCGGCAUUGAUCGUCUCGUCAUGUUGUUUACGGGCGCGAAGCGCAUUGGCGAUGUUUUGCCGUUUGGUAAUUUGAGGGCUGUUACGAGACGCCCUGGCGCGAGCGAGUAA